AUGUCCGCUCUCUUCCCCCGAAACAUGCACCUCAUCAAAAAGUCCCGCCGCAUGCUCUCCGGCAUCUUCCACGCCCGCCCAGACUGCGACCCAGCAACCACGAGAUCUCGUUCGAAAGCCUCGCGCUCACGCAGGAGGAAAUCCAAGCGCAGGACGUCGUCGCUGUCCGUGGCGCAGAGGACCAUGGAUCUAUUCCUCUCCAGGGGCAAGAAGAGGAAGCGGGAGGAUGUUGAUGACGGUGAUGGCGAUGAGUGGACCUUUGUCCAGUGCAAGAAGAGGCUCGUUGGGGGAGGCAUUGCGCCGGUUGUUGCAGAGGAGGAUAUCGAGCUGGAGCAAGCUCGCCAUGACGAUAUACCUCGCUCGCUGAUUUCCCACUGCGAGAAUUCGGAUGGAGAACCUGGAGAGCUGCCAGACGACUACAAAGAGCUCUUGGAAACAGUCUAUAGUAACCUCGAGAACCUCACCAUCACCGACACGGACAGCUCGCUCCCCAUCAGCAGCAUAACCAGUACCCGCCAAACGUCACUCGAACCUCACACCGACCUCAACUCGACCUGGCUCGAAGGACUCCUGGACUGGGAAAACAGAUACCGCGCGCGAAGAUGCCACUCCGAGACGUCCACCAAGAUUCUCUCGUACGCCAACGCUGUGACGGGUAAUCUGCCCAAUGGGAGCGGUCGCAGGCUGGGGAUGACGUGGACGUGGAAAGAGAGGCAGACUUGGAUGAACAUGUGGAAGAAGCAGAAGAAGAAGAAGAAGAAGCGACACAAGUGGGAACAGAGGUGGAAGAUGCCAACAUUGAAGCGGCACUGA